AUGCCAGUGGUAGAGAUGAAUACAUCAGAAGUUGUCUACAACAUAGGACAGGACGCCUACUUCAGGGUAGUAUAUCUAUACAGUUGGCCCAGCAUGAUUGACAUAAGUCCCAACACAUAAGCAUGGUUGGCCCAGCAUGAUUGAACAAAGUCCCGACACAUGAGUACAGUUUGCCCAGCAUGAUUGAACAAAGUCCCGACACAUGUGUACAGUUAGCCCAGCAUGAUUGACCAAAGUCCCGACACAUGUGUACAGUUAGCCUAGCAUGAUUGAACAAAGUCCCGACACAUGAGUACAGUUAGCCCAGCAUGAUUGAACAAAGUCCCGACACAUGAGUACAGUUAGCCCAGCAUGAUUGAACAAAGUCCCGACACAUGUGUACAGUUAGCCCAGCAUGAUUGACCAAAGUCCCGACACAUGAUUACAGUUGGCCCCAAUGAUUGAACGAAAUACAUCAAUGAGACAAGUUGUUUAUUUACGUUACUGAGACGAGUUGUACAUAUAUAUGACUGAGAACAGUUGUACAAAUACGUCCCUGAGACCAAGUGUACAUAUAGGUCAUUGAGACAAUGUGUACAUAUACUUCACUGAAACAAGAUGUAACUGUACGUCACUGAGAUCAGUUGUACAUGUACGUCACUGAGGCCAUGUGUACAUGUAUGUUACUGAGACCAAGUGCACAUGUACGUCACUGAGGCCAGGAGUAUAUGUACGUCACUGAGACCAAGUGUGCAUAUUCGUCACCGAGACCAAGUGUGCAUAUACGUCACUGAGACCAAGUGUGCAUAUACGUCACUGAGACCAAGUGUGCAUAUACGUCACUGAGACCAAGUGUGCAUAUACGUCACUGAGACCAAGUGUGCAUAUACGUCACUGAGACCAAGUGUGUAUAUACGUCACUGAGAUUAGGUAUACAUUAGGUAUACAUCGCUGAGACAAGAUGUACGUGUAUGUCACUGAGACAAUGUGUACAUUACGUAACUGAGACAAGAUGUACGUGUAUGUCACUGAGACAAUGUGUACAUGUACAUCUCUGAGACUAUGUGUACAUUACGUAACUGAGACAAGAUGUACGUGUAUGUCAAUGAGACAAUGUGUACUUGUACAUCCCUGAGACUAUGUGUACAUUACGUAACUGAGACAAGGUGUACAUGUACGUCACUGAGGCCAGGAGUACAUGUAAGGCACUGAGAUAAGGUGUACAUAUACGUCACUGAGGUGAGGUGUGCAUGUAAAUCACAGAGACAACGUGUACAUAAAGUCACUGAGACCAAGUGUACAUAUAGGUCACUGGGCAAGCUAAACAUAAUGUAUGUCACUGCGACCAAGGGUACGUAGCUAAGAAAAACAAAGAAUUAAUAAACAUUUUUAUGUAAUAAUUUCAUAUCUUGAUGUAAUAAGUACACAUCUUGAUGUAAUAAGCAGACAUUUUGAUGUAAUUAAGAAAGUACAAUACAAAUUAGGGUCACAAAAUAUUCUACAUUUUCAAUCUCAUCACUUUUACCUUAGCAUGACCGUCUUUGAUAUUAUUAAUUGUGUAUUCCCGUGAUAUCUUAUCGUCAUUCUGACAUUUGUAUUUGUAUCCCUAUAGUAUCAUGUUUCCAAAUCUGACAUUUGCUAAGAUAAGAUAAUUUGACGCUACAAAAUGAACUUAUUUUCUUUUGUUUUACUUCAUAGAUGAGAACAAAACAACCAGGAAAUCGAGAUGGAAACCAGAUUCAAACGGAUGUGUUCGUAAGCCUUCUGGACUUAAAGACCGUAGAAUUUGAGAUGAGACCUCUAGCAGAUUAUGCCAAUAAGUUUGUCGAAUUUCUGGACAGGUAAGAUCCUUUAAUAAAUAAGUCCCUGCUGCAUCCGUGGUGUAAGGAUGAAAUGGGACAUUUUAAAUUAUUUAAUAUAUAAACAUUUACCGGUGUUUGGACAAGUAGAUGAUUCAUGGCUCAUCUAGUACUUGCCAAGAUGGUUAAGUUUUUACUGGUCCAGCUCUUCUUAACAUGGCCAAAUAUUUUCCUUGUCCAGUACUUGUCCAGAUGGCAAAUGUUUCACUUAUCCAGUACUUGUUGAUAUAAAAACAUUGUUUAUCUUAACAAGUACUAGACAAAUAAAACAUUGGCCAUCUUAACAAGAUUCUGUGAAUCCUUUAUUACUUGUGUUGGUAUUAUGAUUGGUUAAUUAACUGUGUAAGUAUUAAUUUCACUGUAUUGUAUUGAAAGGAUUAGUACUUUUCCUACUUUCGAAGGCAUAUUUAUCUUUUCAAUAUCAAUCUCUUGGGGACAGGAAUCCAACUUGUGUUAUUUAAUGUAAAUUUUCAAAAUAUAUUUUUUUUUUUGCUUUUUCUAUAAACACAUCUCCUAUUCAUUAAAUCUAAACACCACUACUAUUUUUUUAGUCUAAACACCACUACUAUUUCUUUAGUCUAAACACAUCCUCUAUUUACGUAGUCUACAAAAGUCUCCUAACUCUCUAGUCUAAACACGUCUCCUAUUUCUCUAGUUUAAACGCCCUUCUUAUUUAUUUAGUCUAAACAUAUAUCGUAUUUCUCUAUGCAUAUUUUUAGUAAAGUUGACGCCAAUUCAUCAGAGGCCACCAUAAGAAUGAAGAUGUCUGAGCAAAUGAAGAGUGGUAUCGUCAUGAUUUCAUCCCAUAAAAUAAUGGAG